AUGGGGUGUUGCAAUUUGUUCAGGUUUUCCCGUCGAAAGGAUCGAGAGAGGCCUAGGACACCGGUACCACAAGUCGCUGUGCCCACCAGUGACGACUUGCAAGAGAAGCGGAGCGAGGAGGGGCCGAAAACCUCCUCCACGACGGAUCUACAGUCACCGAGCACCAGCACCCCAGAACUGGUAGCGGAGAGCUUACCCGGACGUCUAUGGAACCUGGCAUACGACCAGCUCAAAUCAAAGGAUCCGAAAUUGAUCGAACACUAUGAGAGCAUCCUAUCAAGCCAAAUCGAUGGACAAGAGCUUAAGGCCGUAGACCUCGAUACACAGAUCAACAACAUCAGCUCAGGGCAGCCAAGAUCACUGCAGAUGCGACAGCUCGUUGACUCUGGAUUGCUCAGGACGGAGAAGGCAGCUGCGACUAACGAAGCACUCGCGCAAGGCCUGCAGGUGUUCAAUGUCGUCAAGGAUAGCGUCGCAACAGCUACCAGAGCUUCUCCAGAAGCCUCUAUAGCUUGGGUACCGAUCUGCCUUGCUCUUGAUAGAGAAACCAAGAAGCCCGACGAUCGCAGCCGCUGCAAGAUCAACUCGAGAAGAAUCUCGUCGACCUUUACACUCGUCUUCUGGCAUACCAGAUCAAAAGUAUCAUUACAUAUCAUCGCAAACGUGGCACUGUUUUUUGCAAGAGACCUUGUCAAGUGGGAUGAUUGGGAAGGUGAGCUGGCUGCGAUCAAGGAGAUGGAAGAAUCGAUACGCCAAGAUGCAGCUCAAUUCACCACGCAUGAAAUCCGCAACCAACUCCAAACUAUUGCGACGAAAGCCGAGUCACAGGACAUCAGCCUGCACAACAUUGUGGCGAGUCUCCAGGAACAAACGGCGCACUCUCUGGCGUAUACGAAGAGUGCCGCGGACAGCAAGUGUCUCCAAGACCUGUUCCUGACGAACCCCAGUCACGACAAAAAACGGCUCGAACAUGGAAAAGGAGGAUUAUUGGAUGCCUCUUUCCGAUGGAUACUUGACAAUGCGGAGUAUCGGCGUUGGCGGGAUGACCGUGAAGAGCGAUUACUCUGGGUUGAAGGUUCACCCGGUCAGGGCAAAACAAUGCUUAUGUGCGGCAUCAUUGACGCACUCGAACAAACUGUGGCGGCGGGUGAUCUCAUGUCUUACUUCUUCUGCCAGACAUCGGAACCGAACAAUAACAACGCAACGGCAGUCUUACGGGGUCUCAUCCAUCAUCUGAUUGGCCAGCAGCCCUCACUUGUACGCUAUGUACGGCUGGAGUAUGAUCGCGUGGGCGAAAAGUUAUUCGCCGACGCGAAUACAUGGACGGCUCUGUCCGGGAUCAUUACCAGUAUGCUAGACGACAUAUACAUACGACAUGGGAAAAUCUACCUCAUCAUAGACGCUAUGGACGAAUGCAUCGAACCCGAAGAUCGAAGAAGACUCUUGGAACUGAUUGUACAGAUUUCAAGAAAGCUACCACACACCAAGUGGAUAAUCUCCUCACGCGGCUGGAACGAUAUUCGCGAUGUGCUUACUGAGCAUCCUCAAAUGCUCCAUCUUCAACUCGACCCCAAAUCCGAAGCUAUACUUGAUGCAAUCAAUACCUACAUCGAACACAAAGUCAAAGCGUUGACUGAUAAGAAGAGAUUGGGCCCAACGGAUACCGAAACGAUCCGCGACUACCUAAAGAAGAAUGCUGGAGGGACCUUCUUAUGGGUAGCGUUAGUCUGCAAGAGGUUGGAGUUCUCGAAACGCGUGUUCUACGAAAAGGACAUGCAGGCCUUCCCUCCUGGGCUCGAACAACUGUAUGGAAGGAUGCUCCAGCAAGUUCAGAGCUUAGAUGAGCCGGAAUCGAAGCUUUACAAGUUUGUGCUCGGGGUCGUGCUGACAUCACCAAGACCGCUUGAGACAUACGAAUUGGCUCAUUUAGUGAAAGAGCUAGACCAGAUCGGAGAUUCAGUAGGAACGAUGCAAGACAUCAUUCGAGAAUGUGGGUCGUUCCUCAGAGAGCAGGAUGACCAAGUCCUCUUUGUCCACCAAUCCGCCAAAGACUACCUGCUGGGCCGUGGCAAAAGCGUUGUAUGUCCGGAAGGAGAGAAAGCAUUGCGUCUUGAUACGCUCUACAGAUCGAUUGAGGUUUUGAUAACCUUUACCCAAGAUCAAACAACUAGGGAGACUCCUGCUUCACAUCGUGGUAAAUACUGGCAUAAGUGCCUCAUUGAAGCAUUCGCACUGAAAAUAGCCUACUUGCCUCAAGCGGCUUAUAAGGACCGGGGUUUCCCUCUCGAUAUUCUUGUGGGACAAUACGACAUAUAG